GCUCGUCAGCAUACCUCAAAAUUCGUCGUUCUCUCGUCAUAAAGAAGUAAAAGUGCGUAUAAGCGCUGUAAAGUUGAAAAAUUUUCCUUGCAGAAAGUGUCGAGCAGUGCUUAAAGUAGUUGUAUUUUCUCGUCCGAAUCCCGUCUUGUCGGUUAGCAACGUUUUGCAGCAGUUUAACGCGUGUUUAAAGUGUGAAUUUUGCGUUUGAAAGUUGGUGAAAUUUUUCUUCACACUGCCCCUUUUUACUCUACCAUAUUCGAGUCAGCAAGAAAAGAAGAGGAGUACCACACAUAAAAACCCGGUCGCGAAGAUCUGAUUCUUCUUGUUCUUCAGCGUUUCCUACUCCCACACUUGCUCUAGUGCGGUCACUCAUUUGCCAGCGCACUCACUCACACAACAGCUUCGUGUGCGCUUGACUCCCUGCAGCAAGAAAGAGAGAGUACGAAGAAAGGGGUUUCCCUUCAAGUCAAAUCAAUCAUCAAAGCAAGUGUGUGUGUCCGAUUUUGGGGUCUCAUAGCUUUCGCUUAAAGGAGGAAAAUCUUUCAGUCUGACACCCAUCGAGUUAAAAGCCUAGUCGCGGACAUUCUGAACCAGAAAAAUCUUUGCAAAAAGAGUUUAAAUCGGUGGUAUCCUAGUUCUAGCUACGGAAGGUGAGGUUAUCCUAACCUGUUCUAGGAAACCCAGCAAAGCAAGCCUUUCUGGCAAUCAAUUCCGUGAGUUCGUGCAAUUUUUUGAUACUCUUUCAUUGUGUGUGUUCUGACUGAGUUCCAUUAAAUCCGUGUUUCCGGUGGUGGUGCAGUGUGAAGUAAGAAUCGCUUUUUUUCUUUACUGCAUUGGUCGAGAAGCAACGAACAGCCAACAAAGAGAAAUCGCAAGAAGCUCGCGAAAAGCAGAGAUUUUCCGUUACAGCAGCAGCAACUAGCAAAGAAAAGUCUGCCCCUUUCCAGCCCAGAUAUUUUGAUUGAAGGAAAAAAUCUGCUCGACGGACAAUUACGCCCGAAAGCGAUCAAGUGUGGGUUUAAAGAGCCCCACAAUCAGCUAACGUCAGCAAAUCAUAAAGCAGCCUUCAUUUGUUUUUCCCCACGGCCGUCUGAUCUGUGGGUGUCAUCUAGCGUCGCCAGAAGUGCAAGUGCAUAGCCCAACUGUUGGUCUCACUCAAGCAAAACAAACGGUUAAGCACGACUAAUUGUUUGCUAACAAGAAUAAGCUCUGUUGUUCGGCAACGCCCAAAUUUCGGUUUGCUGGUUGAGGUGUGCAACAGGCGUCCACACUUUUUCGCUGAUGAAGAUUCUCUGGCAGCAUGAAUGCAUUGGGGGGAACUAGGGGGGAGCGCAAUGCAAAGCCCAAAUUCGCAGCAUUAGAUAUCAAUAAACUUUACAGCACAAGUCGGGGAGAAUCUCUUGAACCAUCCACUCAGAAAAGCGCAGCUCCUCGUAAACAUGGAAUGCAAAGUUUGGGAAAAGUUCCCUCGGCUCGGCGACCGCCUGCAAAUCUUCCGUCUUUGAAAGCUGAAAUUUCCUCACCAUCCGAUCAGCCAGGUACUUGGGGUAACGAAGUAGGAGACAACCAGAACAACAACUCUAGUAUUACCAUAGCACCAGCAUCUUCUUCAUUAACCAGCAGCGGUAGCACAAAUAACAACACAUCUCUUCACCACCAAUCGCAUCCCCAAUCUAACGUUUCCUCUUCAUCACAAUGGAGUUCGAACGAGUUCCCCUCCCUGGAUGGCACUGGUCAGUAUGGUCCGAGCGGCAAGCAUCAGCAUCAUCACCACAACGACGGUGUCGACGGCCGAGCAAUGAGCCAGUAUAUGAUGGAUGGGUCACAAGUGAGUUUGAGGCCCCAGACGGAUGCAGCCAGUUGGUUGCAGCAACAACAGCAAGGCGUUGGAGGAGGAAACAGUGCCGGUGGUUUGAAUGGGCCAAACAGCAACCAAGUGGGCCCGGGCCACCAUCAGCAACAGCAGACUCCGCUACCUCCACAGUUUCGGGCUCUGAUGCCACCGUUCAUGUAUCGUGGAAGCGGCGCCGGAGGUGGAGGAAUGGGAGGAUCAUCGAGUCCACCACCACCUUUGAACGAAGAGAUUGGUCGUGGCAAUGGCGGUGGCGGUGGUGGAGGUGGAAGUGGCUUGAUGAAUGCUUCAAGUGGGAGCGGUGGAAAUGGCCCAAGGAACAACAGCAUCAGCAGCAACAACAGUGGUGGAGGUGGUGGAUUCAACAGCAUGCUACCAAGUUUUGUUCUUCCUUCGUCGAAUCAUCAUCAAUCUCAAGGCUCAAACUACUCACCAACGCAACCGUCGGGUGGUAGGUAUCGGGAUUCUUAUUCCGGUGGACCUAGUGGUGGUGGUGGUGGCGGCGGGCGACGUGGUCAAAUGCAGCCUCCGCGUUUGGCCAAUCGACAGCAGCCACAUCAGUUUGAGGAUAAUCGAUCCCAGACAGCUAAUGCACCGUAUGUAGAAUCGGAUAUACUCGUUCAAAGACCGAUCAUUCGAGACGAAGAGCUGCAACGAAUCGAGGCAAUCUCUAAAGACGAAGGAUGGGCAAAAGAUGAUGAAAUCGAUUAUAAUCAAAAGUUGCAGUUUUCGGAUGAUGAAUCGGAACCAAGUCCUCCUAGAGAAAUUUCACAAGUUGUCAAGCAACACGAAAAGAUACAAUUCUCGGGUGCACAAUCGCACAUGCAGGUGCCACCGGUCCAUCAUCAACAUCAACAGCAACAGCCACAAGAACAACACAGACCGCAACAAGAUCAUCUUCGACAACAACACCAUCAACCAGAGGAUGACAAACGAAUGACUUGGAGUCGAGAAGUGGAACGAGAACAAGAAAGACUAGAUCAGGAACGAAAUGAACGGGAGAGACAAGAAAGAGAAUCUAUUCGUCCACCCCAGCAGAAUGGACACAUUGGGCGUGGUGGUUUGGAUGCUGAAGCCAAGGAACGUCUUAAACAGCGCCGAGAAGAAGAACAACGUCGAGAAAUAGAAAGGAAACAAGCAGCUGCUAAAAAACUGCAGGAGUUGGAACAAAAAUUAAAUCGUAAGAAAACCGAGGAAGUUGUUUCAACAUCGACAGCUAUCUCCCAACCUAGUAAAGAUGAUGAUGAACGUGAUCAACAGGUUUCUGUUGGCUUUGGAAGUGAAUCAGGAGAAGGACAGGACCGAGCGGGGGCUCCGACUCCCCGUGGUGAUCGCGAACGAGCGGAUACAAAAGAAUACAGAGAUCGCGAGCGAUAUGAUUAUGGGAGACAAGAACGCUUUGAACGUGGUGACAGAGAAAGGGAAAGAAAUGAACGUGCAGGAGAGCGUGGUGAAAACUGGGAAAUGCCACCGUUUUCUAAAAAUUUUCAGUCCAAUCUACCACCCCGUUUUCAAAAGCGUAAACUAGAACGAAACCCAUCCGGUACAAGUUUGCAAGGCAGUACUGGCUUCAGUGGUCGGGAUCAAAACAUCAGCCGUAGCAAUAGCACAGUUAAUCAAGGUUCGCAGGGACCCCAAUCGCAGAAUGACGGAAAAAGCGUCCCGUUUGCCCAACAGUACGACCCUCGUUUUAUUCAUAGCCAGCAAAGCUAUGGAAAAACACAAUCAUCCGGUCCAAUACGAAGAGCCGGAGAAGAUGGUUCUCGUGGUCAAAGAGAUAAUAGAGACCGCGGGGAAGAGCGAGAUUCUUUAAGAGAUCGGGAUCGAGAUCGUGAAAUGGUACCCAGAGAAAUAAUGAAGCGUCGCAUAGAUUCAGAGGAAGAUGAUCGAUUUAGCAGCAGCGGCAGAGAAUCAUCUAGCAAGAUGAGUGGUGGACGUGCUACUCCACAGCUCGUUCGUAGUGUUUCAGAUACUUCACAGCGUAAGACAUCAGUUUCUAGUGAUGAUAAUAAUCGUCAUAUCGAUCUCCAUCACAAUAAUUCUAAAGAACUUGUUGGAUCGUGGGAAAGUGAGGCUGAAAAAGAAGAUAAAAAACAAGCGGAGGCUGCCGCUGCUUUGGCAAAGGAGAAUCAACUACAAUUGCAUCAGCAUGCCCCAAUAGAGGGUCGCAAAGUUUCUGAAUCAUCAGUUUUAUCAGAAGGUGAACCGAAACAAAUACUUCAACGAAUUAAAGAAACGUCACCCAUUGUUCGUGAAGAACAGACAAAAACAUCAAACUGGAAUGACGAUAAGAAAUGUACUGAUUCUGGUAAGAUGUUUUCUAAACCGUGGGACGAAUCUCUGGAAAAUGAAGAUGCGCACGCCAAAACUGCACUAGAAUCCUCUUUGGAGGAAUAUAAAGACACUUCAGGUUUGGAGUUCAAUACAAAUGAUACCCAUAAUAAAGGGCCGGAGACAGAUGCUAAAAUGAACACGUCGCAAGGUAGUGGCACGAGUGCAAGAGACUCCGAUGAUAAUAGGUAUGGUCCUAAGAAAUCGACCCACCCACGUGGUGGUCCGGGGAGACAUGAAACACGUGGAGGUGGUCAUUCACGUGGUGGAUAUGUGCCAGCGGGCGGUUUUCAUCGAGGCAGUAGUGCCGGUGGUGGCAGCUGGAGCCGUCGAGGUGGUGGUAAUAGUUCCAGAAUGGGAAGAAGAAACUAUAAUCAGGAUUACUGGAGCGAGUCAGAUUAUUCGGAUGAUGGUGGAGACGAGGACUACAGAAGGGAAGGUAAGAAUGAUCGUCGAGACGGAGAAGGUGGUGGACAGUAUCGGCAUGGAGGUUCAAAUGCAUCUGGCCAAAAUAUCAAAGAAGGGUUUGCUCCACGAGGUGAACCUUCGCGCAGAGGACGCGGUGCUAUGAAUUCGAAUGUGAGCGGACCUGGUUUCCGUAAACCAACAGUAGGCAAAAAGAUAGAUGGCUAUGGACCACCAAGUUCCAAAAGUCCAUUUGGAGGCCACGACGAUAAGCCAGACUCCAAAAAUCAAAAUACUACAAAAGAUCAAAAACCGACUGAUGGUUCUGGAAUCGACGACAGAACUAAGCAGAAACAGGCUGCACUAAGUGCUGGUUUAACAAACAAGCAAGUUAGCGUUGCAAAAACCACAAACACAUUGCCACAAAGAAGUCCAUCAGGAAAUAUGAAGCCACCUGGUAAGCCGGCAGAAGAAACUAUUACAGAACAAGAGAAGCUUAAAGCAGCCGAGAAAUCAACUUUAGAUAAAAAGGUACGUGCUGAUAGCAAAAGCGAAUCUCAUGAUGAAAAAAAUAAAGAAAAACAUAAAACCGACAGCGAAAGCCAUGAUGAUGAUGGUGGAAAAGAUGGGUUGAAAGGACUUCCACAACGUAAUAAGCAGCAAUCACAGCCAAUCCAGUCCACUGCAACUAAGCAUACGGUUCCGUUAACAACGGUGAAAUCAGUACCAGCUGCGAAACCUGUAGCCUCGAGUGGAACAGGUCCAACAACAGCAGCAAGUCAAAAAGGUUUACUAGCAGUUGGAUCGGCCGCACAAACUAAGCCUGUUCAAGAUGGACGUAAUCAACCUAACGUCCGAACAAACAACCUUCCAGGACGAAUGGUCAAACCAAAAGAGCGUCAGCAGAGCGGUAGCGAUAAUAAUGAUACGGAAUCGAACAUCCAAAUUAGCGGUGCUAUUCUAAUACAGCAACAGCAACAACAACAGCUGACACAAGAUAAAGUUAAUACAUUGAAUAUACCUUCUUCAAAGACUGAUAACGCUAAGCAACAUUUGGAUGGUACUACGCCGCCUGUCAAUACAAUUAUUUUCGAAAAUACGAAUUAUAAAUCAUCGACUGCGGCAGUUGUUCAGCAACAUCAGCAUCAGUCUCAGUCUUUACACCAACAGCAACCACAACAACCCUUACAACAGCAACAGCAAAUUCAACAACAACAACAACAAAUUCAACAACAACAACAAAUUCAACAACAACAGCAAAUUCAACAACAACAAAUGCAGCAAAAAGCGGCUCCAAUGCUUCAAGUUCAACGUUCGCAUCCAGGAAACGCUAAUUUAAAUUUAGCUGGACUCCAACAACAGCAAACACAACAACUUCAACAGCUUGUAAAACACGAUGGUCAGUUGCGACAAGAGGAAGUUUUCAAAGCUCCGGGUGUGAUUCCGCCAACCGGUACGAUACAGGACAUGGUUGAUCAGCAGCCCCAACCGCAAAGACAACCUAUUGUCACUGAUCCUCAUCAAGCACCACAACACCCAACACAACAACCGCAAACAUCGAUGCAACAACCGGUGGCAGUUCCUCAGCAAAUUCAACAGCAACAAGUUCAGCAGCAAUCAAAUUCCCAAACAGAUGCCAUAACAAGCGCUCUCCAGGGUAUGACGUUCCAAAAACCAGCUGAUGCUGAUUAUGAUAAGGAUAUGAAACCAUUCCCAUUCGAUGCCGAUAUAUCGCAAUUGAUUGAGGUGAAAAAUAAGGCACCGAUGUGUCUCCCGAAGGCCCAAAACAUGAUCUCGCCAUCAACAGCCGAGCUAAAUAUGAAGAUCGCUAGCGUGAAAAAGGUUUGGGAAAUGCCGUCGGUUCCAGAACAUACUCCUGAUGAUGCAACAAGUGCUGCAGCAGCAGUUGUUCAGUUGGCGGCAGCUAAUUUUGCCGCUGUUUCAUCACAUCAACAGCACUUGCAUCAGUUCCAACAUUCUCACGCUAAUCUUACACAUAACCAUGCUGCGCAUUCUCUUGGAUCAGCUACCAAUCAAUCAUAUGCUGGAGGCUUCGGUCAGGAUCAAGCGACAUUAGAACAACAUUUUAGCAAACCAAGCAAUGAAAAUGUUGUUAUGGGUGGAAAUACUGCUGGAGGAGAUGCUGAAAAUAGUUACACUAGCCAGCAACACGCGAUGGUUGGCCAACCGAACAGUGUCCAACAUCAAACUGCCAAUAUGAAUAUGAAACAUGCUGCAGAAGUUUUAGCUAACAAUGCAAAUGUAUGUAAAGUGAAACCAACGCAGCAAAACAUGCAUCAAUCAACAGGGCUGGGACUCUCGCCGCCUCCAAUGCAACAAGGAACUAUUCCUUCUGCUCCGCAGACUUACUAUCAACCUUCACAAUAUGGAAUGUCUGCUAUUCCCUCUCCUCCUGCAGUGAUUUAUAACUCUUCGGCAAUGCCAUCACAAGGUGGCCUAUAUAAUGCAUUCCAAAUUGAGGCAGCUGGUCGGUCACAGUUUUCUCAAUUUCCCCAUUAUGGAACAACAGGAACUGGACCAUACAAUGCUUACAUGACUACACCACCCAAUCUCCAAACAGCUCCAGCUCCAGAUAUGUAUCAAAAUCUGACAUCUCAAUUCCGUAUGGGCGGAGCUGUUCAAACUCCUUAUAAUCCAUCCCCAUCGCAACAGUUGAACAAUCCCAGCACAAUGCUGAUAUCUUCCAGCACAAACUCGCUCAUGUCUUCUUCGGUGAAACCUUCAUCCCAACAAAUUGGUGCAAUAGGUUCUAAGAGUGGUUCCGUUGGCCAGCCUUAUGGUCAACAGUACAUGGGCAUGUUCCCACCAGCACCCCCACUUCAGAAUAACAGUUUUUACUCAAACUCAGCUGGUGGACAAAGUGCAUUUUUUGGUGGCGCAGGAGCUACUCAAAACUACAGCAUUCAAGCCGCGGCUGGGAUGUUUGGAGGACAUGGAGCACAGACUGCUUCGAACGCUCCGCCACCUCCACAGCAACAGUUGCCGAAUUUCGCCGGAGCAUCGCAGUUCCUAAGUUCACCACUUCUGGCAGCCAAUGCAGCCAUUUCCCAGCAGUACCGCGGAGGACCCACUACAAACCCACAAUCGCAGGCAGCAGCUGCCGCUGCCUAUAUGAAGAGCAACCAGCCCCAGUCGCACAUGCAGGAUCCCAACGGUCGUCAGCUUAAAAGUCCGUUAAAUUCAGAGGGUUUAAAUAACUUAAAACAGAUACCACCACAAGCAAGUCCGCCGCAUCACAAGGGCUAUGCAACAACGUGGGAACUGCAGAACCAAUUGAUGCAGCAACAGCAGCAGCAACAACAGCAAAAUCAGCAACAAAAUUUACAGCAACAGCCGCCACAACAAUCGAAUCAAGGGCAACAUCAACAGCAACAGAUGACGCAGCCUGGACAACAACCGAAUCCCAUUAAUCGUAAUAUGAUGCCGCCAAACCAACAACCUCCAGCUGGACUCGGAGGGUCUGGCAAUACAGGAGUACGGCCUCCACCACAAGGCGUCCAGGGAGCGGGAGUUCCUCAAAGGUACCCUUCGCCGAUCCAGAGGCCGACUAACUAUUCCCAGCCACCGGUUCCUGGCAUGCACCAGCAGCGUCCGAUACGUCAGUCUGUCCACAAUCCGGGCCAGGGACAACAACCAUCCAUGGUGCAAGCGAUGGGUAACCCUAAUAAGCAUUACUAUGGCGGUAAUCGAGGAGGCGGUCACGUCAACGUCAUGAAUGAUCCAAAUCUUGGAGGAAAACCUGGCGGCAAUGGCGAUAAACCGAUGCUAGAUGGUGACGUUAAUAAAGACGAUCCCAAGAAAAAGUAAAUGUAACUACGCGUGUAGAUCACCGAUGUAUGUUUAUUGACUACUUAGUGGUAAUAAAACGAAAAACUUAACAACAACUACCGUGUAUAAAAAACGGAAAUAUUAAUGUUAUGCUAGUACUGUUCAGAAAUAAACAAUGCUUUCUGGUUUAGCGGCAGCAUGAGACAAGGUUUAUAAAGUAUCGAUUCAACAACUUGUGGUAAGAGGAAUACUUUACUGAACAAAAACGCUGACUAAAACGUGCAGUUCUUUGUAAUCAUUGGAAAUCAUGUAUUAUUGGUAAGGAUUCAAAGUAAUAUUUAUUAACAAAUGGAAUAAACACAGCAACACGUAACCACUAAUACUGAGGAUCAGAAAUUUCAGUCCAUUAAAGUAGCACACUUGUUUCAGAACAUGUGUGUUUUUUUAUAAAUGACUGAAAUGAGGCAAUUGGAUAUAGGACAUUACUUACCUUCGACUAAUUUGAACCAGACUUGAAUAACACUCCAUUUUAAAAGAAAUCAGUGAAAUGAAUCGGUUUGACUGAUCUUCACUUUAAAAAGAAAAUAAAACAACACUUUGAAAAAAAAAAAUUAAAUACUUAUUUUUUCAAAUUCAUUUAACGACAACUUCCAGUCGAUUUUUCUCAACACUCUUGUUCAGAAUAUGCUGUAUUCAAUUCUAAGUUUUGAUUUAUUCAAGACAGUAUACACGGUUCACGUAUUCAAAUAAAUAACAUCAUCUAAUUAUUGAAAUUAUGAAUACCUACAGUUACAUACUAAUAUUCACAACUAAUGAACUUUGAAAACAAAACAUACAUGUUGCAAAUUUGCCAUUGUAUCCAUUUUGUUUCAUUGCAACAGUUUUUCGAGAACAGUUUUUCGAGACAAUUAAUAUUUUCUCUUGCGUAUUGAAAACAGACAAGAAAAUGCAAAAAACCAAAAGUAACAGUUAAACACGGAUAUAUGCAAUUUGCUGCUAACACGGCAAUUCGGGAUUCGGCGAGAAAAAAAAAUGAUAUUUACUGCAUAUUCUGAAUUCAACGGCUUACGCAAAAGCUGCAUAUGACUCGAAUGAGAGCGUAUUAAAACUAAAUGAAACAAAACAGAAAAAAAACGAAGAUAACAGCUGACGAGCAUCGUCACUAAACAAAAGUGAGGCAAUGAUUGAACGACCGAGAUUGAACCUGGCAGUGUGGUCUUUGCUGCUCCGGAAAUGCUAUUCUGGUGAACCUUAACGAUUGGAGACGCAUGGAAAGGAAUCAAAUCUUACAUUAAUUUAUAAAAUAUACAUACAUAAAAUACAAGUAAUCAAUGAGAAAGGAAACAAGCGUGUCUACUCAGAAGACUAUUAGCUUAAUACACCAUGGAAACUGUAAAAGAUGCUGAAACUUACAGUUAAACAUAUUGCAUUCAAAAAUCUAUAAUAUUGAUAAAUGAAAAUGCAAGUUUCAAAACGAAACCAUAUUAUUAGAUCAUAUUAUCUAUGAUUAUUCUUAAUGCAAGGUAUAAAACGAAAUAUAUUUGAGUAUAAUCAUGAUUUAUCUUAUAACAACUUAUUGCGUAUAUUAAGCGACACAAGAGCAGAUAGAAUUUAAUUGAAGUAAAACAUUCAAAAGGCUUUAUUUAGUUUUCGGUUGAACAACGUGUUAGAAUUAUAUAUAUCCACACAAAACACACAAAAAUAUACAUACAUUGCAACAGGUAUAACAGUCGCUGUUAGCAAACUUCAAUCCUAAGAAUCAAGAACAUGUUCUAGCAAAGGCUCGCAAGUGUUUUGCUGAAUACAGAAAAAAUAAAAUCUUGAAACGAAUUAUAAAAGUUAUUAGCCAACUGAACCUCCAAGGUCUACAAAGAAAACAAUAUUAAACACGCAAAUUCAAUUAGGGUUAUUGUUGCGCGGAUUCGGGUUUGCGAAAUUCAAUGGCAUGAGUUUUUAGUUCAUAUUUAAAGGAAAAGAAACCGUUUUAUUUAUUUUCUAUACUAAAGGUAAUGUUCACAUUGAGGAAUAAAACUGCAUGAAAAUAUUAGAUAAUAUAGACACACCAAUAAAACCACACACCCAACCCAAAACACACAUUCAAAACAUGUUUAUGUUCAAUGAACUAAUAAAAGUAAUGUGUACCAGCCCACACCACACUUGGAUGUGCUAAUGAUCGUGAAUGAAAUUAACAAGACAAAGAAAUAACAAAUACAAAAAAAAGAUAUGAUUGAGUGACAAGAUGGAAUUUAGGACAUGGAAAUAAAAACACUGCAAAGAAGACUUCAAGAAUGGUAACAGCAUCCAGUACUAAAACAAUUUAAAGCAAACAAAAAGUUUAUAUAAUUCAAAAAAUAAUAAAAUGGACAAAAAAAUAAAUCGAUAAACGAAAAUCUAGGCAAAACACA